AUGACAGAUUCGGUAUUGGUUCAUGCCUUGGCAGGUGCCACUGGUGGUGCUGCUUCAAUUGCUUUAACCUAUCCAUUAGUCACCUUAACAACAAAUUUACAAAAAAGAAGUGAACAGAGAAAAAAUAAAUCCCCAGACACCACCUCUGAUAAAAAUUCUUCUACAAAAAAAUCCAAAAACACAAUUACAAUCAAGGAAAAAGAACAACCAAAAUAUGAGAAAAAGACAACAUUUGAAAUAUUAAAGCAAAUGAUUAAAAACAAAACCGCAUACAAUGGUUUGGAAAGUUGCAUUUGUGGUAUUACCUUGACUAAUUUUGUAUAUUAUUACUUCUAUGAAUACUGCAUUCAAACAAUUCUGAAGUCCAAAGUUUCUAAAGCUGCACUAACUUCUGAUAGAGGUAAGAAACAAACAUUGAAUACUUUGGAAUCCAUGGUCGCUGGAUUGAUAGCUGGUACUAUUACUGCUGUGGUGGCUAAUCCAUUUUGGUUAGCCAAUACAAGAAUGACAACUAAUUUGAAUAGUAGGAAUUCACGUAACACUCUUCAAACCAUUGUUGGCAUUGUCCAGCAUGAGGGUAUAGGUGCGAUUUUUAAGGGUUUAAAGCCCGCCCUUGUUUUAGUAAUUAACCCUGUUAUUCAGUAUACUGUGUUUGAACAAUUAAAAAAUAUUGUUGCUAAGGAUGAUAAUGUUAUUUCGCCUUUCAUGGCAUUUCUAUUGGGUGCUUUGGGGAAAUUGGCUGCUACUGGUGCUACUUAUCCGUAUAUUACAUUAAAGACGAGGAUGCAUUUAGUUAAGGAAAAGGAGCAAGAAGGAAAGGAGCAAGAAGUAAAGGAGCAAGAGGGAAAAGAUAAAAGGAGAAAUGAAAGCACAAAUGAUAAGCGAAACGAUAAUAGUAUGUUUGGAAUGUUGAUUGAUAUAAUAAAAAGUGAGGGUUUAGUUAACGGAUUGUACCGUGGUAUCUGUAUAAAAUUAACUCAAAGUAUAUUAACUGCUGCUUUCUUAUUUUUCUUUAAGGAAAGCUUCGUUAGAGUAAUUUUAAAAUUAGUUAAAACCACAAAAAAGUUGAGAAACUCCUAA